CCUCACUCAUACCGAGUUUCACACAACCGUUGGGUGCCCGAGCAAGGAAAAAUAGGAGAUCAUGGCAAACACGUUGUCGAGGAUUGUUCCAGGCAGCCCUUCAAGUAUCCAAUCCAGGCAUCUGGUCUUGGACCGCCGGUAGCGAUCCGCAGUCCGCCGUUUGUCCUCCCGCAGUCUGCAGUUGAUGUCUUGCGACCCGCCAGUUCCAAAUCUGAAUACUCGCUACGGGACAGGUCAAUAUCAGCAUCAACUCAGAAUACCACAAAGGCUCCAAGAGGGUCACUCAUGCAAAGUUGGGAGCUGAGGUUUGACUGACUGCGCUCAUAGCUGCGCCCAGAGAGUUCGCCGCAGCCACCGCCUGGUGAUCGGCCGAGCUUCAACACCACACAGUCGAACAAAAUUCGCUGCUUGAAGGGAAGAAUACCUUUGAUGUCUAUAUCGAGUAGUAAAUUGUCUCAGCUCACUCACCGAUUCCAAGGCGCGACUUCGCCGCACUUGUGGACACGCGACUCUACACUGGAAGCUGAAGGCCCAACCUCCAUGAUUUUAAGUGACCAGCCACCAGCACAACCACGCGCACUUCUUCCACCUCACCACGUCAAUGCCUCCGUUACUGUUACUGUUCAGUCCCUCUCACAUCUCGUUUGGCUCCAACCCUGUUUAGUCCUUUCCCUACCACCCUCCGAGCUUUUACUACCAACUCCGUCACCGUUGCGCUUCAGGCGCAGUCCCCAAAUUGUCCCAGGAUCCCUCCCUCGUCCCCCAGCAGCCAGCAGUCGAAGUGUCGCUCCCCCAUCAACCCGCUCUUGACGACCUUUACGAGUACUACGACCCGGAACGAGAUCCCAUACCCCAACGCCAGCAACAAAUAACCACUCCAAUCUCGCAGAGGCGUCCUCAAUCCUCGCAGUCCGGCGGUGCUCGAUCGCUACGGAGAACCCCAAGACUACAAGAGCGACGGGCGACAACAAGGUCUCCUCUGCGUGCGAGAAGGUCUCAACCCCUCUCUGUGACACCGCCAGUCCAAUUUGACGAGUCCGGCUCUACCACCCCUAGCUUUUUCCAGCGACUGGUCUCAGACGACUUUUAUCAGCCUCGGAGGACCCUCCACAUCUCUCGACAUACCCACGACGCUAUCCUCUUCGCCUUGGAGGCCAUCAGAAGAGGGGAUGGUGUUCAUGCGCAGCCAUUAACUGCCGAUACACUCGAAGAAGAGGCUCGAAUGUCAGAUUUGGUAAGGGGCACUGCGCCCGGUACCGCUGCUGUAUCGAGCCGAACUCAGAAUGGCGGAGCAACUCGGGCGGCCGCGGCUGCUGGGACUGGUCCAACACCCACCGAACCCCCUCGAUAUCGUACUCCUACAGAUGUUAUGCGAGACCGACGAGCACGGGAAGCUCGAAGAGCCGAGGAAGCUGCGGCUAGGCUCCGUCAGGAGGAGGAAGCUAGAAGAUUACAAGAAGAACAAGUUGUUGGCGUUGGGGAGGACACCUCACGAAGAACGACUGCCAGGCCCGGUGCUCAGCCUCCUCAAACCUACAACAUAGGCGGAGCCAUCCCUCAACCUGCUGGCCCGGCGACACGGCGGCAAGAGAACAUACAACCCGCUCAACCCAGUUCCUCUAGGACGACUGGGAGGCCCCUUGAGCCCGCUGCAAGAGAACCCAGGAUUUCUGCAACCGCUCAGCGGAAUCGGACUGAGGCCUAUGAGCAGCUCAAUAUUCCUGCACCAGCCAAACCGGCAGAACAGGUGCCACGACCCACUCAGCCGCCGCAACCACAAUCUCGAGCUCAACCUGUUCCCCCAUUUGGCUCUCAGCCUGUUCAACAGCCUUCGGCUCAAGCUUCGGGUGCGGGGGGUCGAAGCCGCUUUCCCAAUGCAUUUGAACGCUGGGAAGAUCUUUCUGCCCGUUGGGAGGGCAUCGUAUCAUCUUUCAUCCAUCGCAUGGAAAACAAUGCCGAUGAAUUAGCUGGGAAACCCCUCGACCGACAGAUGGCUCGACAGAUUGAUGAUUUGUCUCGGGCAGGCGCAAACCUGUUUCACGCGGUGGUCGAACUGCAACGCCUUCGAGCGUCGUCCGAGCGAAAAUUUCAACGCUGGUUCUUUGAAACUCGGCAUGAGCAGGAACAAGCUCAAGAAAGACAGGCUGAGCUUGAACGUCAACUGCGCGCAGAAAAGGAAGCUCGGACGCUCAGUUCCACCUCGAUCGAACAAGUGCGGGCAGAAAAGACCAGAGCUGAGGAGCUUGUCAAAGAGAUGCGCCGCGAAUUACAAAUUAGCAAGGAAGAAGCUCGUCGUGCCUGGGAAGAACUGGGAAGAAGGGAACAGGAGGAACGCGAGAGAACCAUUGCGUUAAGGAGUGGAGAGCCCACCCUUAUUGGUGGUGUCCAAGUUGUGCCCAUGCAAGGUCUGCCGAGUAGGCAGGUGAGUACGGCUCAACGCCCACAAACAAGAGAUGGGCCGACAGGUGGUGCAGGGCCAACAACCAUGUCUGGACAGCAGCAGCAACAACGACCUCCCUCCCGUCAAACAACGACAACAUCUCUCGACUCGCCUGGGGAAGAAAGCCGACAGUUCACAUAUCGUCCCGACACCGGUAAUUCCUCAACCAUGACAGACCCAUUCACAGAGUCAUCCCGGCAGCGAGAACAACAAGCCCAGCUGCGUCGUGAGCCAGAUACGCAAUUCUACACUACCCCUCCUCGGCCCACGCAGCCUGCAACAAGUGGUGCUGCAAUUGCUGCUGCUCGUGCUGCGGCGGCCGGAGGGCAAUCGCCUGGGAGGACACCUGGCGAAUCGAGGUACUAUCCAACUGCCACCAGCGAUGCUCAAAUGUCUGGUGCUUUGCCCACGCCUGUUCGCCAGGGUACGGGAGGGACAGAACAGUCGUAUAUCCCAUCUAACGCGUCACUGGCACCAUCCGAGGAAGAAUACCAUAUCAACCCCGACGGCAGCUAUACCCGGGACUCGCAAGGCCGGCGCAUCCCUUAUCGCCAACCACUUGCACCAGGGACAUCAGGUUUGGCUGGAGAGAUUAGCGAUGACGAAGGUGAAAUACUGGAAGAAAUAUCAGAGGAUGACGACGAUCAUACGGCCGAUGCCGAGCGUGAGAGAAUGUACGCUGCACAAUAUCGCCAACCUCAGUCUUCACAACAGCCACCUACCACAUCCGGGGGUAUUCCUCGUACUACGGCUGGUGCCCUUCCACCUAUUCCGCAAGGACGAACAUUGGAUCCUACAUCUUCACCUUACGAAGGCCAAGUCUACGAUCCAAGUGUGCCACCCGCAGUAACUCAAGCCAUGACAGGCUGGGAGAGCUUGCAGACCCGCAGCCACCACCAUCCGACCAGGCUGAGUGAUAUCAUUGAAGAACAGACCGCAAGGACGAGUCCCAGUCGGACCAGCUACGUCAGUGGCUCAGGUGUUCUACCUGGCGAUCUGGGGGUCGGCCCUGGAACUGCGGGAGCAGGGACAGGAAAUGGCGGUGGAAAUUCCUCCACCCGGAGGUGAACAGAAUCGACACCUCGUGCUGUUCCUGACGAAGAAAAGAGACACACUAUCUCUGGUCGUCGAGUCUUGUGUUAACGGGGCCGGUUUUCCCCUCAUCUUGCUCAUUUCAGCGGCGACCACCACCUUCCAAUCUUCACAGGAGAUCCUUGUCAUAUCGGAUCUGCAAAAAGAAAGAAAAAAGCGUUCUCCAAACCCGCUAAUCAAUGGGUGGCUUCUUACUAUCAGGCUCAAUGUACAACACAAAGUACAAUACGGAUUUAAUGAAUGCACAUACGGAAGCUCGACCUCAUUGAGCGGGUUAAUUGAUUCUAUGCCUCUAGCGACGCAGUACCCGAUUUAUCCGAACUUCUUCAAUCUCUGCUGGGAUGCACUUGGAAAGCGAGUCUCGGAGAGGCGGAAGGGCCCACAGAAAUAGCCCAACGGUCGACCACUCUCAGGGAAUAAGACAGCGGUUUGGUGGGCGAGGAAGAGCGAGGACAUUUUGCAAGGUCCUCAGCUGAAAAUCAACCGCGUCGCCAAAAGAACAACUUCAGAAGGAGGGCAAAAGGCUGAGGUUCAAAACAGGAUAAGAAGAGAAACAAGGGAAGAGUUCAGAGCUUCCUGUUUCUGUCGGGUCGAGUUCUUUUCUUUUUUGGGUUCAUAACUUAAUGUUCAGACUGUUUUCAUAGCAAGCGAAGGCGUGAUGGGCGAGUUGUGUCACGGUCCCAAUAAAAUACUACAACUUUCGCUGUUGUCGGUUUUGUGAAGCUCUAGGGACAAAUGCCCGUGCAAAGCACCGAGAAUGCAGAGAGACAUUUCCAACAUUUUCAAUUUGGCU